UCCACUUUCAAAAUCAUAUGCUAUGGAUCUCGGCGAGAAUGUCAACACCCCUACGACUCGUCUCCUGACGCUACUAAAUGUAUCUGCUUUGAAAAGUAGAAAGAGAACACGGGAUGAAGAGUCGCCAGCACCCAAGUUAAACAAGCGAAAGACGGUUAAGCUUGCAGAAGAUAUUACCUUGGACCCAGGCCCCUCGAUAUUACACGACAGAACUAACAAUGACGCAGGUGACGAGGUCGUUGGAGGUGAUGAAGAAAAUGACGGUGUUGAUCUACAAGAUAUCACAUCGCCAUACGAACAGCACUACGGACCAAAUACUGAUCUUGUAUCAGAGGUAUCAAGAAGCUCUGUGGAUCAACGACGCUGGACGUCUUCGAGGGAGACAGUUGGCGCAUUACGAACUGUGUUUAGUUUACGAAACGAGGACAUCACUCCUCCAUCGAAAAAACUGGCCAAACAGACAGCAAUACCACAACGUUUGAGAAGCCCAUUUCGGGCGCGACAAUCGAGGCAGUCGUCAGAUCAGAGGCAGGUACAAGAUGAUCUACUCUCGAUCUUGUCCGCCCACCUUGAUCUAUAUAAUCCUGCACUUUCUCUGGAGGAUCACCGAAGUGUACGAGAUGUCGUUGCAUUGCACGCGCUGGACCACAUCACAAAAAAGCGAAGACGAGUUUUGAAAAACAAUGAACGUCUCGCACAUGCGAAAGCAGCCUCAGUCUCGCCUCCAGAGGACGUUCAAGAUCAAGGUUUUACUCGACCCUCCGUACUUGUUCUUCUCCCGUUUCGCUCGUCGGCCCUCGCUUGGUUAGAUGCAUUAACCACACACACGCCCUCUCCGUCAUAUCAAAUCGAAAACCACUCUCGUUUCCUAUCUGAAUACGCUCUCCCACCUGAUGCAGUCGAUAAGCUUGCAGUUGCCGAACCGGGGACAUACCCCCGAGACCAUGUUGAGACAUUCAAGGGCAAUGUCGACGAUAAUUUCAGAGUUGGAAUUAAACUCACGAGGAAAAGUGUCAAAUUAUUCGCCGAUUUUUAUGGGUGUGAUGUUAUUCUUGCAAGUCCGCUCGGUUUAAGGAUGUCAAUCGAGAAAGAAAAAAGCGCAGAUUUUUUGUCAUCAAUCGAGAUCUUGGUGAUAGACCAAAUGAACGCACUGGCAAUGCAAAAUUGGGAGCACGUCCAGUAUGUCCUUUCAAACAUGAACAACCUGCCAAAAGAUUCCCAUGACGCGGACUUCUCGCGUAUCAAGCCAUGGUAUCUAGAUGGCCAUUCUGCGUACCUUCGACAGUCCAUCUUCUUGUCACCGUUUGAGACGCCAGAAUUGAGAGCGCUGUUUAACACCACGCUCAAAAAUACUGCAGGGAAGGUCAGAGUCGAAAAAAUAUGGCCUGCUAUACAGGUUCCAGAGUCUGUCGAUCAAAUGUUUGUUCCUUUCGACUGUGCAAACCCUAAGGACGAACCCGAAAAGAGAUUUGCUUAUUUCACCACUCAGCUACUACCAAGGGUACUUAAAUCCGCAGUACAGAGUGCCAACACAGUGAUCUUCAUACCUUCCUCAUUCGAUUUCAUUCGCGUGCACAACUACUUCCGGAAGCAGUCUUCCCUGAGCUUCGCUGUACUCUCCGAAUACUCUACCAACCAGGACAUUUCUCGAGCACGAGAAACUUUUUUCUCUAGUAAAAAGGCCUUUUUACUCGUUAGCGAGCGGUUUCAUUUUUACCGCAGAUACAAGAUCAGAGGCAUCCGCAAUCUCAUUUUCUACGGCCCUCCAGAACAUCCUCAGUUCUUCUCCGAGUUCCUGUCUUUCCCAUUCCUCGACGAUGGGGUGGAGGCCUCCGAUGUAAUGUCGAAAGUCAUUUAUUCCAAGUAUGACAAGUUCAGACUGGAAAGAAUCGUUGGGACAAAAGGUGUGAAAGGUCUUUUGGAAGGUCUCCUGUAGUUUCAGAGCUACUGCACUACCACAG